CAAGUGCCCCAGACAGACGCAGUCCCACUCGCGACCUCCCCGCAGGCGGCGCCAGAGGGCAGUCCCGCCUCGUGACUCCAGUCCAGAGUCCUGGAGGGCGUGGCGGAAGGCGGGCCCUGGCGUCUCUGGGCGACGGAGCACAGCGACAGUCUCGCCGCCCGCCCGCCUGCCCGCCCGCAGGACACAUGGACGCACGGACGCACAGACGGGCGGCGGGAACCCCCAGGACCGUGGCGGAGCGUGCGGGGCGCCGCUGUUGCCUGGGCUGGGACUUCAGCACGCAGCAGGUUAAAGUUGUUGCUGUUGAUGCAGAGUUGAACGUCUUCUAUGAGGACAGUGUGCAUUUUGACAGAGACCUUCCAGAAUUUGGAACUCAGGGCGGUGUCCAUGUACACAAGGACAGGCUGACGGUCACCUCUCCGGUCCUGAUGUGGGUCCAGGCUCUGGACCUGAUCCUGGGGAAGAUGAAGGCGUCUGGCUUUGACUUCUCUCAAGUUCUAGCCUUAUCCGGAGCAGGCCAGCAACACGGAAGCGUUUACUGGAAGACUGGAGCCAGCCUUGCACUGUCAAGCCUGUCACCAGCUCUCCCAUUACAUCAGCAGCUGCAGAGCUGCUUCUCCAUCAGUGACUGUCCGAUAUGGAUGGACUCCAGUACCACGGCCCAGUGCCAGCAGCUGGAGGCUGCCGUGGGUGGGGCCCAGGCUCUCAGCUGCCUCACAGGGUCCCGGGCCUAUGAGCGUUUUACAGGGAACCAGAUAGCGAAGCUUUUCCAGAAGAACCCCGAGGCCUACUCGCACUCUGAGAGAAUUUCCUUGGUCAGUAGCUUUGCAGCCUCCCUGUUCCUGGGUGGGUACUCGCCCAUCGACUACAGUGAUGGGUCUGGGAUGAAUUUGUUGCAGAUCCAGGAAAAAGUCUGGUCCCAGGCUUGCCUGGAUGUCUGUGCCCCCCAUUUGGAGGAGAAACUGGGCUCCCCAGUCCCUUCCUGCUCAGUUGUGGGAGCCAUUUCUUCCUACUACGUCCAGCGCUAUGGAUUCCCUCCAGGAUGCAAAGUGGUAGCCUUCACUGGGGACAACCCAGCAUCACUGGCCGGCAUGAGGCUGGAGGAAGGAGAUAUUGCGGUCAGCCUGGGUACAAGCGACACACUAUUUCUCUGGCUCCAAAAGCCCAUGCCUGCCUUGGAAGGCCACAUCUUCUGCAACCCAGUGGAUGCACAGCACUACAUGGCGCUUCUAUGCUUUAAAAAUGGCUCCCUCAUGAGAGAGAAGAUCCGAGAUGAGUCUGCCUCCUGUUCCUGGAACAAGUUCUCUAAGGCGCUGCAGUCCACAGAGAUGGGCAACAAUGGAAACCUGGGUUUUUAUUUCGAUGUAAUGGAGAUCACCCCUGAAAUUACCGGGCGUCAUAGGUUUAAUGAGGAAAACACUGAGGUCUCGGCAUUCCCUGGGGAUGUGGAGAUCCGAGCGCUCAUCGAAGGCCAGUUCAUGGCCAAGAGGAUUCAUGCAGAAGGCCUAGGCUACCGAGUCAUGCCCAAGACAAAGAUUCUGGCCACCGGAGGAGCGUCUCACAAUAAAGACAUCUUGCAGGUGCUUGCAGACGUUUUUGGGGCCCCCGUGUAUGUCAUAGACACCACCAGCUCAGCCUGCGUUGGCUCUGCAUACCGCGCUUUUCACGGCCUUGCAGGAGGGACAGGUGUGGCCUUCUCAGAGGUUGUGAAAUCGGCACCACAGCCCAGCCUGGCUGCCACCCCCAACCCGGGAGCUUCCCAGGUCUAUGCGGCCCUUCUCCCUCGAUAUGCUGAACUGGAACAGAGAGUCCUGUCCAAGGCCCAGAGGCCUCGGAAAUGAAUUCUUCAGGGCCAAACACCCUAUGCCUCAUCCUUGUGCUUGCUCUGAACAGCUCGGCUGAGUGCUCCUGUCCUGCCCUGGGCCAACUUGAAGCCAUGACGCCUUGGAGACACGUGGGCUGCGUGUCCUGGGAUGGAAAGGCAAUUUCUCCUUUUCUGUCUUUCAUUCAGGAAAACACUGUAGGGUAUGGGCACCAAAGACAAUCAAAGGGACCAAACAACAGACUAGGGAGCGAGCCUUUUCCCUGACUCUGACCACUCCCCCUUCCUCACCUUCAGCCACCGCCCCCACCCUGGAACCGCCCCCUCCAUCUUUUCCUGCAAACCAGACUAAGCUGCUUCUCUCCUGCCUGUGACCCUCCCGUUUCUGUAGGUGCCCUCCCAGGAUGCUCUCCUGUCUGCCUGUCUCCUCCUUCAUCUUCCUCCCUAUAUGCACCUCGUGUAACUUCCCACUCAAGACAACCUUCUUGGGCCUGGUGAAUAUCCUUCCUUCCCCUCCCCGAGCUCCACCCAGAGACUGCCUGACUGGGCUUCUCCUAGGCUAAACACCCGGUUCUUCAGUUCACAUGAUGAUACAGUUGUGUGUUUCGAGAAGUUUCUAAAUUCUGGCUUUCUUUUUCUUUUGGGUCUCCUCUGGGCUGCCCUCAAACUUUCUUUGGAGCCAAAGGUGACCUUAUGAUUUUCCCGCCACCAUCUCCCAAGUGUGUGCCACCACACCUGGUUUAUGCAAUACCAGGAAGGGAUCAGACCCAUGGCCUCAUGCAUUCUAGGCAGACAUUCUACCUGCUGAGCCACACGCCCAGCCUGGGUUUCCUUUUUACUUGGCAUACUUUGUGACUCUCACUGCCACGUAUCCUACUAUGUUUGAACUGUGUCCUCCCUCUCCACCCGUUUUACUUUCCCUGGUGAUCUCACUCCUGGAUCAUCCCCAUAGAGUUUUCCUCUGCCACAAGGCUGGGCUGAACUCAGGACUUGUUUUAAACCAGACCACUGGAUCUGACACAGUGGCAAGAUGUUGCAGACAGGUGUGAGACCUGUCUGGAUCAGAGCAGUGACUGCUGGGAAAUCAAAAGGACUGAGUACAGGUGGAAAGAGAGUUGUGUCCAGACAUCAGGUCUCUUGGAAGGCUCGACGUGUGAGGGGGAAGGAAGCAAUGAGCAGCCAUCUUGUCCACAGCAAGCCCACAGAGCAGAAGGAAACAGCUGCUGUGGUGUUGUUUGUAACAGAGGUUUUACACUGCCGACCGACUGCAGAGGCAUCUGGGACCACAGAGCACUGCCGACCGACUGCAGAGGCAUCUGGGACCACACAGCACUGCCGACCGACUGCAGAGGCAUCUGGGACCACACAACACUGCCGACCGACUGCAGAGGCAUCUGGGACCACACAGCACUGCCGACCGACUGCAGAGGCAUCUGGGACCACAGAGCAGUUAAUCAGGAUGACAUUCCAACAGGCCUUACAAUGAGUUAGACGACUGUGGUUAAAAAAGGCCACCAUAGGUGACAAAUUAUAAUGAACAAAUCCAAAUGGAAACACAGCAAGCCUAUGCAAAGACACUGGACCAAAGAAUAGACCGCAGGAUGGACCUCAGGAUGGACCUCAGGAUAGACCGAACAGAUCCGGAGACUUUCACAACACAUUAAAGAGGAGGGAGACCUGGCAGGAAAUUCAGGGAGGCGCCAGAAAAGAAGGGAGGAGAAUAAAGACAAGAUUCCUGUUGAUAUUUAGAACUUCCCAAAAUAAACAAAAAUUUGAAAACACCUAAAAUCCAC